UCGGAAUUGAGAGUUCCAACAACACAAAAUCAAAUUCCACCAAUGCGAAUACCGAUUUGACGUCAAUCGGGCAAAGGUCUAAGGACGCCGAACCUACUCGGCGAUAAUAUAUUCAAGAGAUAUGCUCCUCAGGUGGGCAUUAAACGGCGCCAUUAAAUGUCGUGGAAACCAUCUAUUCCGCUCACUUGAUUGAUCUCAUCAAAUGCGUUCGAGACCGAGUCUCGCGCUCGCGCUGGUAUCCGCAAUCCUCAAAGCAACUGUUAACGCUCACGGCUGGCUAUCGCAAAUCACCAUCGAAGGACAGACCUUUCCGGGCUGCGAGCCGUCGUGGUCAAUUGCCGACAACGGAGAAGAGCUGCUAGAUCGUACAGCAAGCUGGUGUGCAUAUAACCAGCACAAUGACUUCCUCGAUUCAAGCGCCGCACAAAAUCGUGCCAUGAUCUGCCACAAUGGAGCAUCCCCUGGCGCAAAGAUCCUCGACAUCAAAGCUGGAGCCGAGAUAACCUUUGGCUGGUUGGACAGAUUCUUUCACCAUCCAGGUCCGAUUGUCACAUACAUGGCCAGAUGUCCAGGCAGCUGUGCUGAUGUCAGCGCCCAUGAGCUCAAGUUCUUCAAGAUCCAAGAACAUGCAUUGAUCCCGAGAAAUGCUGUCACAAUUCCGCUUGGUCCAUGGGCCACCGAGAAGUUGACCGAGCAAAGUGGCCGCUGGGCCCUGACUAUUCCUAGUAAUAUCGCGCCGGGCGAGUACGUCAUUAGACAUGAAGUCAUCGCGCUGCACCAUGCUUUUGUGGAAGGUGACGCACAGCAUUAUCCAAUGUGUGUGAAUCUCCGCGUCUCAAGCACGGAAUCUGUCGAUCCCUGCGCCAAGGGUGCUGAUUGUAGACGCGGGACGGAGCUGUAUCGAUCGAACGAUCCUGGAAUCUACCUCGACAUUUUCGAUCCACAAAUCACGGACUAUGUAAUCCCGGGACCACCCAUCUGGCCAGGG